ACCUUGUCAGAGGUGACCGAAUAAACAGCCGGCUGAUCGAGCCUGUCCGUCAAUUGCUUUGUGCUUUAGUUGGAUAGGUUAGGACAGGACUUCAAUUUGUCAUUGAAAUGGCAACUCCUCAAUCCGAUAUCGAUAAACGCAAACAGAUCAGUGUUCGCGGGAUAGCGGACGUUGAAAAUGUUUCAACUAUCAAAAAGACUUUUAAUCGACAUCUCCACUACACUUUAGUCAAAGACCGUAAUGUUGCAACUUCUAGGGACUAUUAUUUUGCCCUUGCUUAUGCUGUUAGGGACAACCUUGUGGGACGAUGGAUCAGGACUCAACAGCACUAUUACGAAAAGGACCCAAAGAGGGUCUACUACCUAUCAUUAGAGUUCUACAUGGGCCGCUCCCUGCAGAACACUAUGAUCAACCUUGGCAUCAACAGUGCCUGUGACGAGGCUAUGUAUCAGCUGGGUCUUGACAUAGAAGAGCUACAAGAGUUGGAGGAGGACGCAGGACUGGGUAACGGGGGUCUGGGGCGAUUGGCUGCUUGCUUCCUUGACUCGAUGGCAACACUGGGUCUGGCUGCAUAUGGCUAUGGUAUCCGCUAUGAGUAUGGCAUCUUCGCACAGAAGAUCAAAAAUGGAGAACAGGUGGAGGAGCCUGAUGACUGGCUCAGGUUUGGCUGCCCAUGGGAGAAGGCUCGGCCUGAGUUCAUGCUACCUGUCAACUUCUAUGGCAGAGUGGAGGACACCCCCAAUGGCAAGAAGUGGGUGGAUACACAGGUGGUAUUUGCUAUGCCAUACGAUAGUCCCAUCCCAGGCUAUGGCAACAAUGUGGUCAACACCCUGAGGUUGUGGUCAGCAAAAUCUCCCGUCGAGUUCAACCUCAAGUUCUUCAAUGAUGGUGAUUAUAUCCAAGCUGUUCUGGACCGUAACCAAGCGGAGAACAUUUCCAGAGUUCUUUACCCAAAUGACAAUUUCUUUGAAGGCAAAGAGUUGCGUCUGAAGCAAGAGUACUUCAUGUGUGCUGCUACCCUGCAGGAUAUUAUCAGGCGGUACAAGUCGUCCAAAUUUGGGUCACGAGAUUCUGUCCGCACUUCUUUCGAACACUUCCCGGAUAAGGUAGCCAUCCAGCUGAAUGACACUCAUCCCUCACUGGCUAUCCCAGAGCUCAUGAGAGUGUUGCUGGAUGUGGAGAGACUGCCUUGGGAUAAGGCAUGGGACAUCACUGUGCGCACAUGUGCAUACACCAACCACACAGUGCUGCCUGAGGCCUUGGAGCGCUGGCCAUGCUCUAUGCUACAAUCCAUCCUGCCCCGUCACAUGGAGAUUAUCUACCACAUCAACUUCCUCCAUCUCCAGGAGGUGCAAGCCAAGUUCCCUGGAGACUGGGAUCGAAUGCGGCGGAUGUCACUGAUUGAGGAGGAAGGAGAGAAAAGAGUGAAUAUGGCACACUUGUCCAUUGUCGGCUCCCACGCUGUCAACGGAGUCGCUGCCAUCCACAGUGACAUCAUCAAGGCAGAUAUCUUCAAGGAUUUCUAUGAGAUGACACCAGAGAAGUUCCAAAACAAGACAAACGGUAUCACACCCCGUCGCUGGCUGCUGCUCUGCAAUCCAUCGUUGUCCGAUGUUGUGGCUGAGAAAAUUGGGGAAGAGUGGACCGUGCACCUGGAGCAGCUGCAGCAGCUGAAGAAGUGGGCUAAGGACCCGACGUUCCAGCGAGCAGUGCAGAAAGUGAAGCAUGAGAACAAGCUUCGGCUGGCCACCAUCUUGGAGAAGGAAUACAACAUCAAGGUCAACCCCUCGUCCAUCUUUGACAUCCAGGUGAAGAGGAUCCACGAGUACAAACGCCAGCUGCUAAACUGCCUCCACAUUAUCACACUGUACAAUCGCAUCAAGAAGAAUCCAACCGGGAAUUUUGUUCCCAGGACAGUCAUGAUUGGUGGAAAGGCCGCUCCCGGCUACUACAUGGCCAAGAAGAUUAUUAAGCUCAUCUGUGCUGUUGGAAAUGUUGUCAACAACGAUCCUAUCGUGGGAGACAAACUGAAGGUGAUCUUCCUGGAGAACUAUCGGGUGACUCUGGCCGAGAAGAUCAUCCCAGCAGCAGAUCUCAGCCAGCAGAUCUCCACUGCAGGCACUGAGGCCUCAGGAACCGGCAACAUGAAGUUUAUGUUGAAUGGUGCAUUAACUAUCGGAACACUGGAUGGAGCCAAUGUUGAGAUGGCUGAAGAAAUGGGCCGAGAGAACAUCUUCAUCUUCGGCAUGACAGUGGAGGAGGUGGAGGCCCUGAAGCGGGCUGGCUACGACGCCUACAAGUACUACAAUUCCAUCCCCGAGCUGAGACAGUGCAUCGAUCAGAUACAGAAUGGGUUCUUCAGCAGCGGGAACCCGGACGAGUUCAAGGACGUGGCCAAUGUUCUCCUCAAGUGGGACAGAUUCUAUCUUCUGGCCGAUUAUGAGGACUACAUCAAGAGCCAAGACAAGGUUAAUGAAACUUACCAGAACCAGGCAAAAUGGGUAGAGAUGUCUAUCAACAACAUUGCGUCUUCUGGAAAGUUCUCUUCUGAUCGUACCAUCGCCGAGUACGCUCGAGAGAUCUGGGGAGUGGAGCCGUCGUGGGAGAAGCUGCCGGCCCCACACGAACCCAGAGAAGCCUAACUUCAUCCACAUAACAAGUCAUGGCAAUAACAAGACUUAACUGUCGUUAAAUGUGCAACUGUUAAAUAAACGUGUCUUUACAUGUCUUCAGCUAAUGUUUUCUUAAAAUUUACAGGUAGUUUUGACGUGUUUUGUGUGUAUUAUCAGUGCCGCAAUCUUGCACGAUGUUUUUAUGUCUUUUGUUAUUAUUUAUAAUUGUCAGUGCUGUUGCUUUAAAUUAUUACGAUGAAAAGAGCGAAUCAAGACUAGUAUUGUCAGUGUGCCAUAGUUGUAAUACUAGAAACAACUAACCAACUAACGUACCUGAAGUUUAGGUUUGCACAAGUUUAGUAAACAAUAUUUUCUGAGAUCAGACAAUAAUAUACAAGACAUUAUAUACACAAUUAUAAUGACGUUCAUUUAAUUUCCAUGCAUAAAAUAGUAAACUACCAGGUAGAUUAUAUGUAGGUCUUUCUUUAGUUUUCAAUCUUUAUUAUAUUUUCUUAAAAAUACCCUUCAGGAAUACCAUACAAAAUCUGAAGUUCUUAGUUCAACUUUUGUUUUAAUUUAUGAGGAAAUAAAACGAACUAAUAUUAUUAUUGAAAGACAAAGAGGAAAUGCUAUUUUCAUAAUGAUUGGAAGCACAAGAUGUUAUUUAAGACAUUAAUCGUUAAAAGAGAAUUAUUUUUACUAUAGUUAUUUUAUAGAUGUUAAUAGAUUGUGUUUAGAUAUAGUGAAAUUUAUGUGGAAUUGUUAGGCACAAAUGCUAUUCAUAUUGUUGAUGUUAACAGAGAAUAGAUAAUGUUAUUUUUUCUAUAAGUUUUAGUCUUCUGUAAGAGCAUGUAUUUUUGUUAUGAAUAAAGUCGUACAAUUGUUAA